AUGCAAAUAUCAUAGGUUUAUCUAAAAAUUUAUCAAAUGAACUAUUUAAGAAAUAUUACCAAUUGAAGGAGGAGUGGCCUAUAAUCUCACAUGCGACACUGAAACUUCAUUUAUGUGGUUAUUGUUAUCGUUUGCCACUGUGCUGUCACUUUUGUUAUGUUAUUCGAUUUUAAGAAAAAAGCUAGUUAAUAAUGAUGCUUCAUUCAUUGUCGCAUGGUCUUAGCGUCGGGAGAUUUUGUCGAAUGAAAAAUGUCGAUUGCGUCAGGAAGACGCUUUAUGAGUUUCGUCUGACAUUUCAGCUAUCUCGCAUGUGACAUUGGACAUUCGACAUUCUAGAGCACUCUACCAGGCUGUCCAACCAAAUCUGAGAGAAAAGGAUGCCCUACUGAAUUGCGUUAAAAAAAACAAUUUAACAAAAAUAUCUUUUGCGAUUCUUGA